CUUUUCUUUUUUUUCUUUUUCCCAAAGCCAAAAGAAGUUCCGAAUUUCCUGACCGAAAGCGGCGGAGGACUUCUUUCCUUCUAAAAGCCUUAUGACUAUGAAGAAAAAGGAGAAGCCUUUGCACCGAAACUGAAACUGAAAGGAGAUAAUUUACAGUUUCUGGGUCGGAGAAAAUUUUCAAACAUCGGCUCUUACCUUUCGGCCUGUAACUGAAGAUUUGGAGAUGCUGAGAACGAAACGAAUGAGCCGGUGCAGCAACAAUGCAAAGUUGGUGGACCUACCCAUUGAUAUCCUCAUCAACAUCCUUUUGAGACUGCCGGCAAAAUCACUUUGCUGCACACAAUGUGUCUGUAAAACCCUGCUUCACAUAGUUGAAGCUCGUUCCUUUGCAACACUAGUGCAUCUGCGCUUGCUUAAUACUGCUUCCGAUGCAGUCGCUGAAGUGCCUCAACUUUUGCUUCUUAAUGUUGCCCGAGAUGGUGACAAUGGAAGCUUAAUAACUAUCUCUCCAUCGCAGAUAUAUGAUGGCAAUGUCUUGACAAAAAGCAGACAUGCCAUUGUCUCAAAGAUUGCAUCCUACCGAUAUGGUUACAAUGUUGGUUUUGUUUUCUGCAACUUGUUCUUCUUUAAUGACAAAAGGUAUGAUCGAGGUCCAUGCUUCAUUUUCAACCCUCUCAGGGGAGAAGUUCUCAUGCUCCCAAAGAGUACCGUCCAAGUUCCACCUUUUAGAAAUAUGAUAUUCAUAGAUUGGUACGGCAUGGGGUUUGAUGAUAUAACCAACACCUACAAGAUUGUUCGUGUUUCCGGAAAUGAACGAUGCUGUUUGGUGGCCCAAGUUUAUAUAUUAGGCACCAGCUCUUGGAAACGGAUAAGCUCAGUUCCUCCAUGUAAUUUAAGCACAAAAAAAAUAUCUGCAUAUGGAGACCUGCAUUGGUUAAUUAAUCGCUCAAGUACUAGAGGACAAAUCUGCAUAGUUUCUUUUGACUUCGAGAAGGAGGAGUUCUAUUUGACGCCUCAUCCCGCAUUAAGAAAGCCAGAAUAUUCUUUCUUGUCCCUUCACUUUGUUAAUUUGAGAGGAUCUAUGGCAAUUGUUGAUACUUCAUCACAUACACAUAUUGACAUAUGGGUUUUGAAGAGUUAUGAGAAGAAAGAGUGGGUGCGAGAUUACAGCGUGAAUCUCGAACUGCCUGGUGUAGAGCGUCCUUGGCAUCUUGACCGGUGUGGUACUUGCAUCGGUGAGUGGGAGAAUGGCAUAUUUUUCGUAGAAUUUUAUGUUACUACUAACGCAUUCUUUGUGGAUACAAGAUGUGAUUCUGUGAAACGUGUAUCACUUGGAGGUUCAGAGUAUACGAGGAUCUUCAGCUAUCCUGGGAGUUUGAUUUCAUUAAAAGAUUAUGGCAAUUUGAUUAGAGCAGAAGCAGGUAACUGGAGGCCUGAUUUCUCUGAAAAGUCUUGGCAAAUUGAUUGAACCAAAAUCAAGUGAGAGGAAUAUCUUUCACGUGAGGGCUAAUGUCAGAUGGGCUGCUCCAGCUUCUUGCAGGGCCUUAUUGUGUGAGAGGUAAUUUGUUUGGAGGAAAGAAGAAAGGCAAAUUAUUAAGAGGGCGUGGUGGUUUGGAUGGAAAGGAAUUAGGGAAUCAUUGAGAGAGAUAGACCACUUGGGAAUAGAGUUAGUUACUCGGUUUCGCUCUUGGCAUCAGUUUUUCCCCAAGUUUAAGACAGUUCUUUGUGUGCUAUGUUGUUUUGGAAAGCUGAUCUGCUUUGUUUUAUCUAUCCUUGUUUUCAUUGAUGUUUUGGAUGCUUUCUUUAGUUGUUGGGUUUGUUAGUUAAUCAUCGGAUGACUUGUCUCUACUAUGUUAUCCUGUAGGUUGAUUAAAGUUUGUUUUUAUAAACCAAUGUUGGUUACUUCUUGGAAA